CAAAAUAUCAGUGUUAUGGAAUUUGUGACAUCGGCAUUAGGUGUUUAUAAGUGGUCGUGCGGGUGUAGGCCCAGCAUACGGUGGGCAGGACUAAGUGGAGCGGAGUGGAGAAAGUGUUGGUGGUCUGGCCUGUCUGCGGUCUGUAGUGUGUGCGGUGCAGGCGCGUCGUCACCGCCAUUCGUCCUCCUCCUUACACGCUGUGACCGUCUCCUCAUAUUAAUCGCGAUGAAUUGGGCUGUUCUGUUGGUGUGCCUGGUCGGCUGGACAAGCUGUCAGGCCGCGACCAUGGUUGAACCUCAAGAGAAAGAGAAAGGGCUCAUCGAAUGGAUCAGUAAUCUACUUGGGAACAACCCAACUUCCACUACUGUCAAGCCCGUUUAUCAGGACCCUCCCAGCAAUUGUCCUGCUUGUCAAUGUGGUUUAGCGCGAACAAAGCGCCGUAUAGUUGGUGGGUACGAGACAAAAGAACGUGAAUAUCCCUGGAUGGCGAUGCUGAUGUACAACGGAAGAUUUUUCUGUGGUGGAUCCCUCAUUAACGAUCUCUAUGUCCUCACAGCUGCACAUUGCACUGGGUACCGCAAGGAGCGCAUCACCAUUCGGUUGUUGGAACACGACACGUCCAACGCCAACGAGACGAAGACUAUCGACAGGAAGGUAGCGGCCGUCAUCAGACAUCAGCGGUACAAUCCUGGCACAUACGACAAUGAUAUUGCUCUAAUGAGGCUUGAUGAAAGGUUGGACUUGAGCACUGCAGUAAAACGAAUCCGCCGGGAUGAAGAUGGUACUACCCCAGCGACUGAAGAAACUACUGCAACGCCAGACCCGGCUGAUGACGUCAGAGUGAGACCUGUCUGCUUGCCUACACCAGGACUGUCAUUCACACGGGAGUGUGCCGUGGUCAUAGGCUGGGGUGUCACGGACGAAGGAGGAUCCGUCUCCAAUACGCUGCAAGAGGUGAAGGUACCAAUCGUGUCGAAUGCGGAGUGCAGAGAUCGAUCAUACGGCAGGCGGAUCACAGACAACAUGAUGUGUGCUGGUGAGCCUGAUGGUGGCCGUGACGCCUGUCAGGGUGACUCCGGAGGUCCCCUACAUGUCUUCAAUCAAACCACUGAGAGAUACCAGGAAGUCGGCGUGGUGUCUUGGGGAGAGGGUUGCGCAAGGCCCGACAAAUAUGGCGUGUACUCGAGGGUCAAUCGAUACCUGACGUGGAUUAAGAGCAACACGGCCGACGCCUGCUACUGCAACUAAAUGGCAAUGUUCAAUCACAUGUAAAAGUGACGCGACAAAGUUAUGACAAUAGUGAUGGACUCAGUUAUUUAUUUUACAGAAUUAGGUACCUGUAAGUUGGAGUGCGAGAUAUAGAUGUUUAAAAAAUAAAUACAAAUACAUAGUUGGUUUUUCUAGCUAGUUUUGUGUGCAGUGCUUGUAGGACGAAAUUGUUUUUAUGUAAAUCCUACAAUAUGUUUUAAUUGUAAAAUUAUAAAUAGCAAUUAAAAUGUCUGAAAUGUUUCAAAGUAAUGACCCUACCCUAUUUUUAUUUAAUCUAUUAAACAGUAGCCGAGUUCUAUCAGUGUACAUUUAAUAUUUGGUUGCAUUUUUGUAACUUUGUCCCUCAACUUUUGCAUUAUCUAGGUAGCUCUCUAUUAUUGUAAACAAUAGUAUUUAUUUAAUAAAUAAUUUGGGAAGAUUUA